AUGCUUCGAAUCAAACAAGAUUCAACAACAUCAGUUCUUACACAAGAACAAGGUUAUGUACCGUUAAAACGAGUCAAUGUGGAAGCAACAAUUCGUUCAUUUGCUGCCGAUGUAACUAUAACACAAGUAUUUCGUAAUGAUGAAAAACAAUCAAUCGAAGCUGUCUAUUGUUUUCCAAUUGAAGAACAAGCAGCUAUUUAUUCUUUUAUAGCUCGUAUUGAUGAUCGUGAAAUAGUCGCUCAAUUAAAAGAAAAAAAAGAAGCACAACAAGAAUAUAAUAAUGCUUUACAACAAGGACAUGGAGCUUAUUUAUUAGAACAAGAUGAAAAUUCUCAAGAUAAUUUUAUUAUUAAUGUUGGUGCUUUACCUCCAUCAAAAGAAUGUACAAUUACUAUUGCUUAUGUUACUGAAUUAGAUUUUAUACAAGGAUCAAUAAUUCGAUUUGUAGUUCCAACAACUAUUGCACCUCGUUAUAAUCCUAGUAAAGGUACUGUUGCAUCACCUGCAGGUACAAAUUCAAAAUAUGUUCAAUCAACUCCUUAUACAAUUGAAUUUCGUUGUCGUAUUGAUAAGAUGGGUAGAUCUGAACAAGAAUAUAUUGCACGUAUCAAUUCACCAUCUCAUCCAAUUCAAAUUGAUUUUGCACAACAAGAUGCUUAUAUAAUUACGUUUGCUCAACAAAAUACUCAUUUAGAUCGAGAUAUUCUAAUUAAUAUUGAAUUGACUGAUAAACGAGUUAAUACAAUUGUUGCUGUUGAAUCAAGUGCUAUUAUGGCUGCAUUUACACCAACAGAAGAAGAUUGUCGUCAAGGAUUAAAUAAUGCUCAAAUAAAUGAAUUUAUUUUUGUUGUUGAUUGCAGUGGAUCAAUGCAAGAUGAAAAUAAAAUUGGAUUAGCUCGUCAAGCUAUGUUAGUUUUUCUCAAAAGUUUACCUGUUAAUUGUUAUUUUAAUAUUAUUCGUUUUGGAACACAAUAUAAAAGUCUUUUUACAGAAAUAACUGCUAUUUAUAAUGAAGAAAAUGCACAAAAAGCUGAACAACUCAUUACUGGAAUGAAAGCAGAUUUAGGUGGUACGGAACUAACGAGUCCUCUUCAAUGGAUUGAACAACAUUCACCAAAUCAAGGUCGUGCUCGUCAAAUAUUUCUUUUAACUGAUGGUGAAAUAUCAAAUGUUACGGAAGUUCUCGAUUUAUGUCGUUCAAUGGCUUUGUCUACACGAAUAUUUUCUUUUGGUUUGGGAAAAUCACCUAGUCGAUCUUUAGUUAAAGGUCUUGCUCGAUCAACCAAUGGUCGAUUUGUUUUUGUUCCACCUAAUUCAAGUGUCGAUGUAUAUGUUGGAGAACAAUUACAGAGAGCUCUUCAACCAUGUAUUACUAAUAUUCAUGUCAAUUGGAAUCUUGGUGUUAAUGUUCAAACUGCUCCAAAACAAUUACCUCCCGUUUAUUUCAAUGAUCGUCUUAUUGUUUAUGCUCUUACAAAUGAUAAAACAAUUCCAUUUGAUCACAAUUCUUCUGUAGAACUUCAAACUGAACCUGAUCAUUGUUCAAUAGGUAUAGCAAAAGUUAAUCAAAUCCCGAGCGUGACUGAUAAUGAAACAAUUGCACGUCUAGCAGCUAAAGCACUUAUUCUUGAAUUACAGCAUGCUAAGCUUCCGUCAUCAACUGCCAAAAAAGUGAAAACAGGUUCGACACAAACACGAUUUCAAAAUUUGGUAGCAUCAGAUGAAGAAAAAAUGGAAGUGGUUUCCGAUGAACAGACAACCAAGCAACGUAUCAUUGAAUUAUCAUUGAAAUACAAUAUCUUAAGUCCACAUACGGCAUUUAUCGGUAUAGAGAAGCGGACAAAUGCAAGUAAUACUGACAUGGUACUACGUGAAGUACCAAUUGAAAUUUCUGCUGAUGAUCAACAUUUAUUUUCACCACCAAGAAUGCAGUUAUUGAGUGGUGGUGGUGGUGCAAUUCGUCAUCGUGCCGGCUAUGGACGUGGUGGUGGUGGUGGUUUUCGGGGCAGAGGAGCUAUGAACAUGGCAGUCAGCAGCCAGAGAGCGUCGAACACGAAAUGUUUAAAUGUAACCACUUCGAGUGCUUAUGAAACGAUGGAAUUUGAUCAAAAUUUACUCGUUAACCGACAGAAAAGUGCUCGUUCAUCAUUAUCAAGGCGACCUAUGCAAAUAGAUGCUGAAGAUUAUACACGCGAAUCGAGAACCAUCCGUCAAAACACUGAUGUAUGGCCUUCAACUGAUCAAGAUAUUGUUCGUUAUUUGAUUAACAAACAAAAGUUUAAUGGUCUAUGGAAUUUAGACGAUGAUAUUAUUAAGAACUUAACAGGAAAGUCUCUUGCAGUUUUUCAAUCAAUAAAUCCAAAUGUUGACAAUCAAAUAUUAAUUUCAGCCAUUAUUAUCAUUAUACUUGAGACCCGAUUUGCUAGCUUUUCAUCAUUAUGGCACGGUGUAGUUCAAAAAGCCCGUCAACAACUCAUUGAUUCGGUUAAAAAAGAUUCAAAAAAUUUUGAUACAUUACUUAACGAUAUUCGUCAGCAACUUUGA